AGAAGAAGGCACAUGAUAGGAGAGGAAUGGUCGUGUUGCUCUGCGCUGCGAAGAGGGAGGAAACAAAACAACAUACUUGGAGCUAGAUUCGUUAAAGAGGGAUGAUCACAACUGAACCAGUGAAGCUCUGCACACCUACUACCAAUGGACCUGAGGCCCUAGAAGACUCCAGACUGUCGGAUUUUCCUCAGACUGAGUGGAGUGAGCCCCCCAAGGGUGACAGGAGAACUUGUUUACAGUGACGCCAACAUGCGCUUGUUUUGGACAACUCUGUGGACGCUGUUCAUCUGCAGUGCGCGCAGAAGCUGUGCGCAGGAAAAACUGGGUUACCUGGUCGCGGCGCCCUCUGUGUUUCGAGCGGCCGUCGAGGAGAGCGUGAGCGUCACCAUUUUUAACGGCCAAGCAGAGACGCGAGUCCAGGCGCAGCUGUCCAUGAAGGGACAGACCGUUGCACACAGCCACAGCACAGUGCGAGAUAAAGGCACCAUCAAACUGAAGGUGCCCCCUGGUUUGAGAGGUCAGGCCCUUCUGAAGGUCUGGGGAAACCGUCACCUCACUGAGGGAGGGUACAUUUUCCACAACUACACCACCGUCACUGUGGAGAGCAAGGGCACAGCUGUGUUCGUCCAGACCGACAAACCCAUCUACAAACCCAAACACAAAGUGCUCAUCAAUGUUUACACAGUCACGCCUGACCUGAGGCCAGUGAAUGUAAAGAUGGAUGCAUAUAUUUUGGAUCCAAAAGGAUCAAGGAUGAUCCAAUGGAAAGGGCUUAAAUCUGUCUGUUGUGGGAUAUUCAACAUGAGUUUCCCGCUGUCCGACCAACCCGUGUUCGGAGAAUGGUUUGUCUUAGUCGACGUGCAAGGUCACACUUACAACAAGUCGUUCGAAGUACAGAAGUAUGUGAUGCCCAAAUUUGAACUGGUGAUUGAUCCACCACGUUACAUCCGGGAUAUUAACUCGUGUGAACAGGCCACUGUCAGAGCCAGGUAUACGUUUGGAAAACCAGUGAUAGGGAAGUUGACAGUAAAUAUGACUGUUAACGGAGUUGGCUACUACAGACAUGAGAUGGGCCAUCCUGUUAUUAAAUCUAUGGAGAUCAAAGGCUCUGCAAAUUUCAGUCUGUGCGUCAAGAACAUGAUGCCGCUGGAUGUGGCUGAUCACUUCAGGGGAACGGUUAGCAUUUGGGCCUCAGUGACCAGCAUCGAUGGAAGCAGGCAAACCACACUGGAUGACUCAACGCCAGUUCAUAAGCAGCUCAUUGACAUCAAGUACUCCAAAGAUACUCGCAAACAGUUCAAGCCUGGUCUGCCUUACAAAGGGAAGAUUGAAGUUACCUUUCCAGAUGGGAGCCCAGCGGACAGUGUAAGUGUGCGUGUAAAGGCAGAGCUGUCUCCAAAGGACAAUGUCUACACCAGUGAACUGAUCUCAACGGAUGGCCAAGCCACUUUUGAAAUCCCCUCCAUACCAACAGCAGCUCAGUAUGUCUGGCUUGAGACCAAGGUGACAUCCAUUGAUGGCAAG